AUGUAUUUAUGUUAUAGACGUAGCAACACAAGCUAGUGCAAGUCUCUAGCUGUGCAAAGCUGGUUUGGUUUAAACCCAAAUGAUUUAGACUAGUGAUUGGAAAGAAAGGUUCCAAUUCAAUGUGGCUUAGCACAAAAGCACAAAACAUUUUUUAGAUUAAUAUUUUUUCACUAUUUCCAGACACUGCAAGUGAUUUCAAUAGGAUGUGAAAUCUGAGGAUGAAGUGAAUAGACAUUUAAAUUGCUUUCCUUAGAUGCUUUCAAACAAAAUUGAACAAAUCAACUUUUUUUUCUGUCUUCUGUCUUGCUGUCUACAGGCAGACCCAACGAUUCUUUUGGUAUCUAGUUCAGGGUAAAAGAAACGACAAGAGGAAGGACAUACACUCGAGAGAAUAGGGAAAACACAAAAACACAUGAGAAACACACCCUUGGAGGUGCUUGGACAGAAGGAGAGGAGGUGGAAAAAGUGUUAAACAGUGAAGAGUCACUCCCAAAAUCUUCUUUCUGUCAGACACCACACCCCCAUGCUACCCCAGUGGUAUAUCUAGAUCAUGAGAUAUACUGAUCAAAAUCUCAAUGAAAAUUAUGGCAUUUUGGAACUUGUCUUUAAAUGUUCAGAAAGUUUUUAGUUCAGGAUUACUUUGUAGGAAAAAACCCCCAAAAACUUAUAAAGUUAUAUAAAGUUUUUAAUAUGACUUUAAAUGGAGAACUGGACAAAGAUGUAGACCAUCUGUGCUUUUCUGAGGUGGAGGACUUUCUCUUCCAAAUUAUCCCCUGAAGUGUUAAAGAGUUGCAGCACUGAGCUGUAUCAGUCUGUGCCACUGACUUUAGCAGAUACUGUAAUGCCUUAAGUCCGGGUUAUCAGAGACCGCGCAGGAGAAAGAUUAAGGGCAGGCUGCCUCCGCAACUCUGUCCCACAGCAAAAUUUCAGACAAAAUGAGGACGAUUGUGUUUUGGCUGAUGGAUGUGCAUUCUGCAUUUUUAUUGUGAAAGAAACAAAGACCAAAUGAUUUUUUUCAGACAGUUUCAUAAACUGAGAGUCAGGAAAAUGUAGUCUAAAACCCUUGGAUUCAUUACUAUCAGUCAGCGUUAAAACAAAGAGCAAGACCCAGUCAGGAAGGUUAUAUGCACAGAUUACAUGACAAAGAUAUUCUUCAGUAAUUCUAUAAAAAAGAUUAUUUGACUCUAAGACAGCAAAACAUUUCAAAAGCUCAACGCACAUUGAAAAAGAAUCAAUGUAGACACUUCUUCAAUCAUCCAAUCUUGACUUUCAUUCUUCUUAGAAAAGAUGAAAGCAAGAACAAAAAAACUGCUGUGUUGCAUUAGCAUUAUUGUUUACACACUCAAGCACAUAUUGUACUCCAGCUUCAUAUUAUGUUCAAUGUGUUGACAUGCUGUGAUUCUGUCCCUUUGUUGAUUUCAAAAUGUUCCAGUAGCAAUGCAUUAAGUGAAGUAGAAAAGUAGAAAACCUUUUAUAUAUGACAUAAAAGGUUUUUAUAUGACUUUAAAUGGAGAACUGGACAAAACCUCCCCCAAAAAUCACUGUUACCACGAUUAGGCAAAAGAUCAAAGUUCAGUACUAGCAACUUUUGCUCAUGCAUGUGCAAUCACAUCUGCUCAACAUCCACUGGUACCAAACUGUGAUUUGUUUAAUGAAAGAAAACUUUGCCAAAGUUUAUCUACAAACUCCAGUGUAUAUACGCAUCUCACAUUUAUCUCCACAGAUGUUCCUUUCGCCUCAUCUGAAGUCACCCACUCCAUCAGACCUUCUGGAGAAAGAUCGUGUUUUCAUCAGCUAUAAGUCAUCACAUUUCAGCCUCUACAUCUGUUGCUAUGCUACAUAAGAAAUCUUACAUCAAUUUCUUUCUUUAAUAUAAAACACAGAAAUAAAUUGUCAGUGUCCAAAUGGUGUGCUAUUUUAUUUUGUGACAGAAGACAAACAGGACUUGGCACCAGUCAUGCCGAUCUCGCUGAGCUUUUCUAUAAAUCCUAGAGAAAUCCUAGACGGGACUAAACGAUGCUACUGAUGCUGUGCAUGCAAAAUAAUAAUAAUAAAAAAGCCCAAUCCACCAAUGGUGAUCUAAAACUGCAAGUCUUCUGCACAAACAAAUGUCUUGUUGGUUUGAUUUGAAAUCAUCGUCCAGGCAGCAAUGAUGGCCACCAAAGAGAAGUUUGAACGGCUUAUUGAUGAAGGUGAAUGAAUGAAAGGCUCUUCCAGGAACACAGGAGAAAUCCAGGACAGCACAGAGUGGGGGAGGCAUGUUGCAAGUAUAAGAAGUAGAAUAUGGUUGAGAGAUUAUGUAAAUUAUGGAUGACAAAGUUGGGUUGCUGUUUGAGAGCGCUGGAGUUCUAAGGGGGCAAAGGUGAUUAUACCCACAGAGGCUGAGAUCCACAGGUGGUGCUUGUGUGUAAUGAUUUCUUCAUUCUUUCUUCCAGGAGGAGAUGUGAGAGGCAGUGGAGCACUGGAAGGUGGACAGGCCAGCAAGUAAUGGUGGAUUAUUGGUGGGGGGCCCUGACAGAAAGAAGCAGAGGAACAGGCAAGAAGAUUUACAGAGAUAGAGUAAACGAGAAUUGAAAUCAAGUAAGAGCAGCUCUCCAUGACAUGUAUAAGUAUAUUGAGUACUGCUGAUGUAUGGAAAGCAUAGAAAAAAAACUUUUUAGCAGCCUUUGCUCUAGUAGAUAGAAAAGAUUGGGAGAAAGGAGAAAGGAAAGACAUGCAGCAAGUGGUCCGAGACCAGGAAUUGAACCCACAACUGCAUCGACCACUCAUACAUGUUUAUAAAUGUCAAUAUUUCUAUAUUUCGACAUGCAAAUAUGACCAUUCGAUUAAAUUCUCAUGUGUCAUUACUUUCCUGCCAAACCAAGUGCCUCUCUGACUAAAAACCAUCUGGCUUAUGUCUGUUGACCUGACAGGCUUUUGACCAAAAUAAACAGGCGCUGCAGCUGAAACUGUGUAUUGAUUGUUAACUUGUCUUCUGGAAGAGGGUGGAGGCCUCCAUCGAGGAGCACGUGCACUGCAAAAAGAAAAAAAAUCAAUGCACCGAGGCAUAAAAAAACAAAGGAAACAGAGCAUCAGAUAUGAGUACAUGGCUCCUUCACAAACAUUUUGCUGAGCUGUAGGAGUUCCCCAUUAAAAUCCAAAGAAUUUGAACUAAAAAGUAAGAUUUGUUUUUCUAUCAAGCAAUUCAGGCUCACGAGAAAGUUAAAAACACGAUAAAAGUUUCUGCAAUCAAGCGCACCUUCUACUUACAUUAUAUAACUACGUGUGCUUCUGUCCACCUCUUCUUACCUCUGUGCAUGUCAGAGAAAGAGAGAGAGGGACAGAGAGAGAAAAAGACAGGGGGGGGGAGGGUAGAUUUCUAUUUAAAAGCCAGUGAAAUUUCAGCAGUAACUACUAAAUUGUCUGAAAAAUCCCUUGUCGUGAUAACCUUCGAUUCUCUGACAUAUUUAUCAGCAUUAAAUGAUAUUUAGGCGGGGGUUGGCUCCCUUGUGGCUCCUAAUCAGCACCAAGGACAGCACCAAGUUGCGCCGGAGAACUGCGUCAGAUCACCUUAGAAAACCUCAGAGCAAUAACACAAGCUGAUCCUCAUAACAAGCUCCACAAUCUGACAAGAAGCUCUUAUUUAUUUUCAUCUAUUUGUUUGUAAUUUAAUCAUUUUAGAGUUUAGAUAUGUUGCCAGCAUGACGCUCAUGCCGAGGACUUUAUUGUUUCCCAAGUCACGAAGUUGGAUCAGAGAAUGACUUUACUGAAGAUUUUCGGGAGUAAAAAAAUUAAAAUGUCUGGAGAAUUGACGGACAUCAACAAUGAAGGCUCGGUCGGGACUGCUCACGCUGCCUCCGCCAACUUCAGCUGCGUUUUCAAUACUUCAAACUGCUCGCACGCAGACUUUCACAUGUCGGACUUCACUAAAACCGAUUUCGUCGGAGACGGCGCCGCUUUUGUUAGGAUUACAAUCUCUGUGAUCUACUCUCUGGUUUGCGCGCUGGGUCUGGUCGGGAACUUACUGGUUUUGUACCUGAUGAAGUCCAAACAGGUGUGGAAGAAAUCCUCCAUCAAUCUGUUCGUAACUAGUUUGGCGGUGACUGACUUCCAGUUCGUUCUGACUUUGCCUUUCUGGGCCGUGGAGAACGCGCUGGACUUCACAUGGCCCUUCGGCAAAGCCAUGUGUAAGAUAGUUUCCUACGUAACGGCAAUGAACAUGUACGCCAGCGUGUUUUUCCUCACGGCCAUGAGUGUGGCGAGGUAUUGCUCCCUCGCCUCGGCGCUAAAAGGCAGGCGGCGGCGCACGCACUGCUGCUCGGCGCGGUGCGUCUCCGUCUUCAUCUGGUUCGCCGCCGUCUCCGCCGCCCUACCGCACGCGGUUUACUCCACCACCGCCACCGUAUCCAACGAGGACCUGUGCCUGGUGAAAUUCCCGGAGACUAACGGGUCAGCGCAAUUUUGGCUCGGACUCUAUCACUCCCAGAAAGUGCUGGUGGGCUUCCUGGUGCCUCUGGGAGUCAUCUCGGCGUGCUACCUGCUGCUUUUGCGCUUCAUCACCUCCAAGAACAUUAACACAUCCAGCGCGAAGCGACGCGCCAAGGUCACGAGGUCGGUCACCAUCGUGGUUUUAUCCUUUUUCCUCUGCUGGCUGCCCAACCAGGCGCUCACAGCCUGGGGCAUCCUCAUAAAACUUAACGCGGUUCACUUCACUUAUGAAUACUACACCAUGCAGGUGUACGUCUUCCCCGUGUCGGUCUGCCUGGCGCACUCCAACAGCUGCCUGAACCCCAUCCUGUACUGUCUGAUGCGACGAGAGUUCAGAAAGGCGCUCAAAAACCUUUUCUGGCGCAUGACCUCUCCGACUGUAACCACCAUCAGACCGAUCACAGCCACCACGAAGCCAGAGAUGGAUGAGCAGGGACACCCACUGAUGCCGGGCAACGCGCCACCCGUGCCCGAUAUGGUGUUCUUUCCUCCGGGGGCGGUGAUUUACAAUGACCGGCGUGACCUGCCGCAAAACAGCACAUAGUCUAACCACGCCAGGGAUAGUUUAAGUUACUCGAUGAAAUGUACAGUACGUAUGUAGUUACUGCAAAGUCAAAAUGUUCCACUAAAAAGGCGAGACAGCUAGGGUCAGUUUUGGAUACUGGCCAAAUGGCUCACCACCCUGGGGGUGCAAACCGUUUGGGGGCAGUAAACUUAACUUUUGAGGAAGUUAAUUUCAUCAAAAGGAGUAUAUAUGUGAUGCUUGUGAGCACAUACAUACUCACAAGCAUUACAGUUAAUAAAUCAAUGCUUUUACAAAGAGGACUAUAUCUCAAAAUAUCAUUUCAAAAGUCUCUGUUCUCCAUAGAACUUUAUCAUUCUAUGUGUCUUAGAUUUGAACAAGAGGAAUGAACAGCAUGUCAUAUACUACGAUAAGGGUAUUAUGUGUUUUAUUGUUUAAUGUUUGUUUGUUUUGAUAUUUUAAAAAGUAAAAAAGACUUUAAAGAUAUCUGGUCUCCCUUUCUACAUCUGUGACAUGUAAACUUCAUUUUUCUUUUCUUUUUGUGCAGAUAGAGUGAGCCCUGUGUGUUUCUUAAUUUUCAUCUAUUUUUUUUUCUUUUCAUGUUUUUUUGUAUGCCUGUAUAGCAGAACAUUCUAAUAAAAAUAUUUGGGGAAAACAAAGUAAAAAAGAAAAAAAAGAGUUAAAUGUGAAAGUAAUGUGCAUCAUCAGCAUGUGGCAGAAUUGCUUUCACUUUUCCUAUUGACAUUUAUUAUUGAACACUACUAUGUAAAAAUUAAUCAACUGAUUGUCACAAUCUGAGGAUGGAGGAAGCCAUGGUGGAGGACUGGUAUUAAGUCAAAGAUGAAGAAGAAAAAAACAUGGAUGGCCUUUAAACAGGUGUAAGGCAAUUUCAUCUGAACAGUACCAUUGAAAGAUCCAGUAAUGUGUGCUUCUUUACAGGAAAAUAAGGUAGCAGGUUAAAAACAAAAUCUGAAAUUAAAAAGCAUAAACCCAAAACCAUUUAGUGCCUGAAAGAAAACUGCCAAGACUUUCAAAUCUAUUCUUUAGUAAAUAGAGAGGCAAUGCAGUGAUUUAAGGUCUGCUGUACAUGUUCAUCUCAGUAAAUUAAAACAGGCAUUCCUAUAUGAAGCUCGUUUGUCAAAUUAAAAGUACGUUUUGGAAAAUAAAUUGGUCUCAUACUUUUCAUUUAGUCAAUGUUUCUGUAAUAAAAAAUGUUUUUUUUCCAUUGGUCGGAUGUAAUAUUCGAAUCUUGUAAGAAAUUAAAUGUGUUUUCAUAAC